AUUAAUUCAUCCCUGAUGCAUUCUCGUGUUUACAAAUGAUUUUUACAUUGUUUAAAUCUGAGUUAUUUAAUUAAAAUCAUUUCUUAUGAAGUUUUUAUGAUUUUUGUAUUGUUCGUCUAAACUUUUGAUUUCUGUUAAAAUGCAUUUAGUCAGAUUGAUGAAACAAAUGCCUGAUCUUUGCAGGUUUAAUAUAGGGUUUUCGAGAUUUUCAACUCAAUCAUCUGAUAACAAUUAUGCUGAAUAUGAAAGGAGAAAAUUUGCCCGAAGAUUUGGUAACAUUGUUCGACAUCAUGAUAAAGGUAUGUUACCUAGAUUGGGCAGAAAAGAAGCUGGAUUAAAAAGUAUUCCUGUUAAACCAAAGACAAAUCCAUGGCAUCCGAGAAAUGCUAUGUUUGGACAAAAUGAUUAUAUUGACAUUUUAGGUUCUGGUAACACUCAUCCGGCUAGUUUACUCAAGCAUAUUCCUUAUUGGAUUCGAGGCUGGCGUGGACAUGAAAUGGAAAUGCUGCAAAGGCAAGCUGCUGCUGAACCGACUAUGGCAACUUCUCGCCCUGAGAAAUGGGAAUAUCUUCAAAAGCGAAUAGAUUAUUUAUAUAAAUACAGAAACCGCAAAAGUGCCCCUCCAAAACGGAUUCAAAAGUAUAUUUAAUAGGUGAAAAGUAAUUGCAAGUGUUCAAGAGUGAUUUCAAAUUGAUUACUCGUUGAUUGUUAGUAUGAUAAUUCGAUUUAUAACUUGUGUUAUUAUGUCACGAUAUAAUCGGUGUUGUUUACACCAUUAGAAGAUGAAGGAAUGCUUCCACCACUUUCCAUUUUCUUUCAAUGUUUUUGAGAAUGGAAAUUGUCCUCUGAAGUUUUCUUGAAAUUCUUUGAAAGAUUAAAUUAAACAUGUUUAUUUCCAUUGAA